AUGUCAUUGUCUGCACAAAGUUCUGCUGGUUCAGAAUCAACAAUAGGACUCUCAACUCCACAUUUAAAUGAUGGAGAGAAUACUUCUAUGUCAACCAUUCCAACCACUUCUUCCAGUAAUCAUAUUUCAAAUGAAGCUGAUAGUAGUAUAAACAAUAACAAGGUUGCUUCUGUGUUUGAUAUAGCGCAGGAUAUGCAACUGAAAUUAGAUCAAGUUGUUCAAUUAUUAGAUAAACAUGAUACAGAGGUCAAUGAUAGAAUAGAGAAGUUAUUAACCAGAAUUACAAAAUUAGAAAGUAGUGUUCAUGGGAAGUAG